UGAUAUAAAUCCUCCAAAGUCCGACUGGGAGAACUUAGAAGAGAGAUAGAGACUCGAGCGCGCGAAAACUAGGGCAAGAGGAAAGAUGAUCAUUCCUGUUCGCUGCUUCACCUGUGGAAAGGUAAUCGGCAACAAGUGGGAUACGUAUCUUGAUCUUCUCCAGGCCGACUACACCGAAGGAGAUGCCCUCGAUGCAUUGGGAUUGGUACGGUACUGCUGCAGAAGAAUGCUAAUGACUCAUGUUGACCUUAUCGAGAAAUUACUUAACUACAACACUUUGGAGAAAACUGAGUCCAGUUGAGAGGAUUCGAUGGUUCUGGUGUUACCCUUGAAAGGGGUGUUUCUGUCUCGUUGGGUAUUAGAGCUUGUUCCACAUCACAUUCAGAUGCAGCCUGCCAUUUGUUACUAUUAUGUCUGUUUCAUGUUGGAAAUAGAAUGAGAAUGAACACUGAAACAUAUCAUGGUUGUGUUAGCUAUGGAUUAGUGUUCCUCGAACCUAUAUGGUAAUAUAUCAAUUUGAAAAUAUGAAAUAGUUGCCCAUGUUCGAUUUUUUAAAAA